CUUAAAUGUGUAGUUUUCUGACCCGGGUCUGGUGUCUCUUCUAGCUCUCUGUUAGCACAGUUAAGCCGUGUCACCCUGAUUCAACCGGACCAGUGCGGCUCCAGUGGCAGCCUUCACCGGGGGGAGACUCAUCCUCACCAGCCUCCCUGGACUCCUGCAACCCCAACACGGCUGAAACCACCUCUCACAUCACACCUUUUAACACCUUUUUGUGUUGUUUUGUCACAAACCUGCAGAGCUAAAGGAGGAGUGAAGGGGGAGCAACCAGGAAGUAGUGCGCACCAGAGGCUUUGCAAACACGUGUCUUGUUUUGGGUCACUGUGGAGCGGCUCUGACCUGAGGCGUGCAGACGUCGCAGAGAGAAAUGGAUGAUUUUAAGUCUUAUCUCCUUCAAAUACACGUGUGGUUGAUGUGAAUGCAUCGAGUCACUGCUACGUGUUUCUGGUUUCGUUUCCACUUUCAUUCGGCGUGCGUUGCAUGAGGAUAUACUGCGAGAUGGAUCCUGGACAGGAUUUACUUCUCGCUGCCCUGAGCGAGAGUGGCAUUUGUCCAAAUGAUAUUGGCUUCUUUGAUGUUGAUUCUCAGGAUGCUGCACAGCCCUCUACAACCCAGCAAUCUAUCUCCAUCAGUGCCCUGGAUGUUGGCGUUGGGACGGAGUCAGUGGGAGUUGUACGAACUGAGCCUCAAGCUCCAGUCCCUAUAGUUACUAUCAGGCACAAACCUCAGCCAUCAACCACCACGUUUGUCUUAAAUCAGCUGAAUCAGUUGCCGUCACUCGGAGCUAACGUGACCAAACAAUCCGUUACAAACCCCAUCAAACAUACCAUAACUGUCACCAAAGUGGUCCAUGUUGCCAAUUCAGCCCUGCGAGGAUGUUCGAGCCCCUCCUCCACAAAUAUUCCUUCGUCGGCGUCCACAGUAGUGCCUUCAAACAGAGAUCAGAUUCAGUUGAAAGACCUCCUUCGGUCCAGCAAUGUGAAGAGCACCGGUCUAAAGGGCAACAGUCUGAUGGAGCUCAUGAGGUUAAAGCCUCCAACUAACAUCGCUCCACCAGUAGCAACGGCAACAGCCACAGGUGAAAUGAACAAUGGGAUCAAGAAGGAAGUGUUGGGUAAAGAUGCUGCCAGGAUCUGGAUCAAUGAAGACAUGAAAAUGCAAACCUUCCCUCAUUCUCUGAAAAUCCCAGGGAUGAAGGAGGAGGAUGAGCCCGAGGAGGAAGAGGAAGAUGAACUGGGCCACGCUGAGACUUAUGCAGAGUACAUGCCAAUGAAAUUGAAGAUUGGCCAGCGGCAUCCCGACCCGGUGGUGGAGACCAGCUCCCUGUCCAGCGUCAACCCUCCGGACGUGUGGUACAGGCUGUCCAUCUCAGAGGAAACCAUCGAUCGGGGCUGCCUGUCGGCGCUGCAGCUGGAGGCAAUAACGUAUGCUGCUCAGCAACAUGAGACAUUCCUCCCCAGCGGUGAUCGCGCUGCUUAUUUAAUCGGAGAUGGAGCUGGUGUGGGGAAAGGCCGGACCAUUGCAGGGAUCAUCUACGAGAAUUACCUUUUAGGCAGGAAGAGAUCUCUUUGGUUUAGUGUCUCAAACGACUUGAAGUAUGACGCUGAAAGGGAUUUAAGGGAUAUAGGAGCCAAAAGCAUCCAGGUUCACUCGCUGAACAAGUUCAAGUAUGGGAAAAUCACCUCUAAACACAAUGGGAGUGUGAAGAAAGGUGUGAUAUUCGCCACCUACUCUUCGUUGAUAGGAGAGAGCCAAUCAGGAGGGAAGUACAAGACCAGAUUCCAACAGCUCCUCCACUGGUGUGGGGAGGACUUUGAUGGAGUUAUUGUGUAUGACGAGUGUCACAAAGCCAAAAAUGUGUGUCCAAUCGGUUCGUCCAAACCUACAAAAACUGGGCUUGCGGUGUUGGAACUGCAGAACAAACUCCCCAAGGCUCGGGUUGUGUAUGCAAGUGCUACAGGUGCUUCUGAACCGCGAAAUAUGGCCUACAUGAAUCGUCUGGGCAUCUGGGGGCAUAAAACACCCUUCAGAGAAUUUGGCAACUUUAUCCAAGCCGUAGAGCGCAGAGGUGUUGGCGCCAUGGAGAUAGUUGCUAUGGACAUGAAACUAAGAGGGAUGUACAUUGCAAGGCAGUUGAGUUUUACAGGUGUGACUUUCAAGAUUGAGGAGGUUCCCCUGACUCAGAAAUACAUCCACAUGUACAACAAAUCUGUGAGACUGUGGGUGAGUGCACGUGAGAGGUUCCAGCAGGCAGCGAACCUGAUGGACGCAGAGCAACGCAUGAAGAAGUCCAUGUGGGGCCAGUUCUGGUCCGCUCACCAGAGGUUCUUCAAGUACCUCUGCAUCGCCUCCAAAGUCCGCCGGGUGGUGCAGCUGGCCAGAGAGGAGGUCCAAAAUGGAAAGUGUGUGGUCAUCGGCCUUCAGUCCACUGGAGAAGCAAGAACUCUGGAGGCCUUGGAGGAAGGAGGAGGAGAGCUCAACGACUUUGUCUCAACUGCAAAAGGUGUGCUGCAGUCCCUGAUUGAGAAGCACUUUCCAGCUCCUGACAGACAGAAGCUUUACAGCCUGCUCGGCCUCGACCUCCCGGUGAAGAAGACCCCCUCUCCCAUUGAAACGCCAGCACAGCUAGAACAGAAGGGCAAGAAGAGGAAAGGGUCAGAGGUAAAAAAGCAGCAGCAGAAGAAGAAACCUCGCAAGCACGGCGGUCUGUCGGGCACCAGCUCGGAGGAGAGCCAGUCUGAGGAUUCGGACAGAGAGUCCGGUAAAGACAGCGACGACAGCUUCAAGUCUAUCAGCUCAGGAGACGAAGACGAUGACUUCAACCCCUUCAGAGACGAGUCGGGCGACGACGGGGAAGACGAUCCGUGGCUAAUCAGAAAGGAACCAAAGAAAGGGAAAGAGAAGAAGAAGAAAAAGAGGAGGGGGAGCAUCGAUCCAGACUCCAUUCAAAGUGCCUUGUUAGCAUCUGGACUGGGCUCCAACAGGCCUGCUUUCACUGCCCCCGUUAUCCCCCCCAGCGCCCCCGUCAUAGUCAAGGCAGAGAUUCAGGAUAGCUGCCUAACAAGUCAGGACGCAGUGGAACACGCUCAGAAAAUGAAGAAAGAGCUACUGGAAAAACUCGAGGAUCUAGCUGAGGAUCUACCUCCCAACACUCUGGACGAGCUGAUAGAUGAGCUGGGAGGACCCGAGAACGUAGCUGAGAUGACAGGCCGCAAAGGUCGUGUGGUCAGCAACGACGACGGCAGCAUCACGUACGAGUCUCGCUCUGAGCUGGACGUCCCGGUGGAAAUCCUCAAUCUCACAGAGAAGCAGAGGUUCAUGGACGGAGAGAAGAACAUAGCCAUCAUCUCGGAAGCUGCCAGCUCGGGUAUUUCCCUGCAGGCCGAUCGGCGGGUGAAGAACCAGCGGCGGAGAGUCCACAUGACACUGGAGCUCCCGUGGAGCGCCGACAGAGCGAUACAGCAGUUCGGGAGAACUCACAGGUCGAACCAGGUCACAGCUCCAGAAUAUGUCUUCCUCAUAUCGGAGCUCGCAGGAGAGCAGAGGUUUGCAUCCAUCGUCGCCAAAAGAUUAGAAAGCCUGGGCGCUCUCACACACGGAGACAGAAGAGCGACAGAAACUCGAGAUCUCAGCAGGUUUAAUUUUGACAACAAAUACGGCAGAAACGCUCUGGAAAUUGUAAUGAAGUCGAUCGUAAAGCUCGAUUCUCCGUUAGUGCCCCCACCUGCUCACUUUAAAGGAGAUUUCUUCAGAGAAAUUCAGAUCGGAUUAAUAGGUGUGGGCCUCAUAAACGUGGAGGACAGAUCUGGUGCCAUGUCACUGGACAAAGACUACAACAACAUGGGGAAGUUCCUGAACCGUAUUCUGGGCAUGGAGGUCCAGCAGCAGAAUGCCUUGUUCCAGUAUUUCUCUGACACAUUGGCAGCCGUGAUUCAGGAAGCCAAGAAGAGUGGCAGAUACGACAUGGGCAUUCUGGAUCUGGGCUCCGGAGAUGAGAAGGUGAAGAAGGUAGACUGCAGGAAAUUCCUAACGCCGGGCUACACCACAGCAGGACAUGUGGAACUCUACACCGUGAGUGUGGAGAGGGGGAUGUCGUGGGAGGAAGCCACGCAUGCUUGGGCAGAUCAGAGCGGAGCAGAUGAUGGUUUCUAUGUUCAGAUGAGGAACAACAAGAAAACGGCCAUCCUGGUCAAAGAGGUGAACACUAAGAAGAGGCUCUUCCUGGUUUACAGGCCGAACACCGGCAGACAGUUAAAGCUGGAGACGUACACUGACAUCAAGAAGAAGUUCAAAAAGGUUUUGUCCGAAGACGCCAAGCAGCACUGGAUUGAUCAGUACAAGUCGUCAGCGAAGAUCUGCUCUCAUGCUUAUUGGCGAGGUAACUGCAAGAAGGCGUCGGUGGGUCUCCAGUGUGAAGUGGGUCUGCGGUGUCGGACGUACUACGUUCUGUGCGGCUCGGUGCUCAGCGUGUGGAACGAGCUGGAGGAGGUUCUCACUCCGGUCAGUGGAACCAACGUGAAGGUGCAGAUAGUCCGACUCCGAACAGAAGACGGACAGAGGAUAGUUGGACUGAUCAUUCCAGCGAACUGCGUGUCUCCGUUAAGUAACAAGCUCUCGACGUCGGACCAGUGCCAGCAGCUCGCCGUGCAGGAGCUCCAGAAGCGCCAGCAGCUCCACCCCCAAAGUCUCUGUCAUGCACCCAACACAUAGUCUGUGGUGGACUUAUGGGUCUCUUAUCUCCAGGAACCUCCCCCUCCUCCAUUGUCUCUGAGGGGUCAGAGGUCACACACCGAGCUGUGCUGAUUCUCAGACGUGAAGCAGCGGUUGUACAGAGAGAAAAGAUUUCAGGGGUUUUUCUUUCUUUCUCUUUUCCUUUAAAAAAAAAAAAAAAAAAAAAAAAAAAAAAAAAAAAAAAAAUCUCCAGAGACUCUCUUGUUUCUCACCUGGACUGAUUUUUGAUGGGUGAUGUUUUUGUCCUCUGACAUUCAGAGUGAAAAGAUUUGUGACAUAUUGAUGGAGAAACAUGUAAAAACCUGGCGGGCGUGUUGGCCCUGUGGCUGUCGAGUUGUCCGCUCCUCACCCGUGCUUUAAGCUGCUCAGUCCGGACUAACUGGUAUGAGGCAAAGACUUUUUCCUGGUUCAGACCAAAGGUGGGCGAGACGUUUAAAGUCUGAUUCAUUCAGAAAGAAAAGGGGCAUUCGAUGCUAAACUACAAUCCCUUAUUAAUAUUUAUCAGUGCAUAGCUGCUCAGAAACGAUUCAGCACUGAUGCAGAGAGGGAGUCAGUUUGAAGAAGAACAUUCAUCCAGUUACCUCCAGGAGACCUGAUGUGUUCUGUCUGAUUAUCGGUAGUUAAAAUGUCGUUAUUGUCAGAAUCCUCUUGCUACGUAAGUCUCAAAUUUAUCAGUUGGUUUGUUAUUAUUUCAAAUGUCAUUAUUUUGUUCCUCCAAUUCCAUAUUGUAACAUUAAAAGAUGGAUUGAUAAUCUCGGUCUUUAAACAGCAGAAAGAUUCCUGAAAAAGCAUUUGACACAGACGUUACUUGCUGUAAUUAUUCCUCCUGUUUGUGCCGGACAUUAAAGGGACAUUCAGCCCAAAAAUAUAAAUACAUAUUUGUCCUCUUACCUGUACUUCUAUUUAUAACUCUAGAUUGUUCGGGUUUGAAUGUCUCUUCUCUCUGAUGUUAUGGGACUGGAUGUCACUCAGCAAAAGUACAUUUUACAAACUCAACAGCGACGUCUCGUUCUUAAAACUGUGACCCGGUUACUGAAGAUGAUCAACAGACCUUAUUGUGAGAAGUUGAUGUGGGAUUUUUGGAAAGAGAUGUUGCUGUUGAGUUUAUUUGUGAGUGACAUCUAGUCCCAUGAUAUCCGAGAGAAGGUAUAGAUAGAUAGAUAGAUAGAUAGAUUUAUCAGUCUAGAUUACCAAAUAAUCUAGACUGAUAAAUAGAACAGUUCAGAGGAAGGAUAUGUAUUCUUGAUUUUGGGCUGAACUUCUCUCUCCUAAAGUUUUUAUAAAGUUAUGAGGCUGCAGCAGUCCGACUUAGACAAAUCAAGUGUAGGUGUUUUAUAAUCUCUGUUCUUUUUAUUACAAAAUUCCCUUUUUGUUCACCUGUUAAGUUGCAGAAACAAAUGGAGGAACAUUUGUACUGGAAGAUACUUCAUCUGUAUAACUCAGACUGCUGAAGAGGAAGAGAUCUUUUAAUAGCUAGAAUGAACAGGAGGAAUAACCACAGCCAGCAAAACAUGACUGACCCUUUGAGACCUGAAAAAAAUAGUGAACGUUUCCUUUAACAGUUUGUUAACUGUGCUUUUCUAUCAGAACAAAAAGCUUCUGCAGUCAGACACCUUUUACAAAAUCACCAACCACAUUCUCCCAUUCUGACAAUCUGCUGGUUUCUAUUUAUAGUUCAUGAAAGUGAGAAAAUAUUGAAACGGUAAAAAAAAAUCUGAGAAAUUAGUAAAGUUGUGUUAUCAGCAAACCGGUCUUUCUUCUUUUCUUCAGACUCAACACAAAUGAAAAUCUAUUUAGCAGAAUUAAACGUUUUUAAAUGGUUUCUAAUGCUAUAAUAAUGUAAUACGCAGAUAUAAGACCUUCUCCUAUGAAGAUGUUUCAUAUCAUAACUUUAGUUAUAAUUCAUUGUCAGUUCAAACAGCAGCCUAUCGAGUUAUAGUGGCUGGUUUUCAAUAAAUCGCUCCUAAUCUAGUCUAUGAAACGUCAAAAAACAACCAACACAACUUCUUAGAGCCAAACAUAACGUCUUCAAAUGUCUUUUUUCAUUCAACUUAAAGUCCAAAUACCCACAUUUAUUUAGUUUACUAUGAUAACAUGACAGAAACGUAGGUAUUUGUCUCAUUUUGGAGGCUGAAAUCAGAGAAUGUUGGAAUAAUUUCACUAUUUCUGAUUUGAAAAAUGAUUACAACGAUCAAAACAAUUGCCAAUUUUGUUUCCUUUUGACUUGCUUAUCAAACACAUGCAUAUAUCUGCUUACAAGUACAUUAUGAUGCGUUACAAACUAUUUAUUAAUGUUUAUGUCCUGUCUAUACAUAAAUCGGGGUGGAUGACUGCUCUUGUAGUUUAGCGGUAGUGCUCCUUUCUCCACAGUUUUAUCAAAACACUAUUUUUUGAAGUGUGUUGCAGGUUGAAACCACCUUUGGUCUGAUUUAAACGUAGAUCCUAUGAGAUGUCGGUGACACCAGGCUGGACAGGAGACGUGUAACUUAAACUUACAGCAGCCAAGGAAAUGUGAAAUCUUUGAUUUUCAAAGCAGCACCGUGCUCUGCUCAUUUUGUUUUUUGAUUAAAAAGACUUCUGCUCAGGGGUUUAAACUCGUACAAAGACCCUCUUUGGAAAAACAAAAGUCUUUUACAAAGUAUCUGCAUGACCAGAACUCCAAAAAUGUUCCUUCGAAAUCUACUCGGUAACUCUGUGGUUGUACCGUCUCAGUAAAAUGUCUCCAAAGUCCUCUGCUGUCUUGAGCCCAGUUGUGAUAAAAAAAUAAAUAAAUGGACGCCUGCUUCUGUUCGAGUUGUUUUACCUCCUCCGCUGCCUCCUCAGUCCUGUAUUGCGUUUAUAUUCAAAUCUGCACUGGAAGGGACGGACCAAAGUCUGGAUACACGAGCUGUCCUCAUAAGCUGUUUAAUUAUAUAAGACGUGAUGUGUCCUCUGAUGGACGCACCGUUAACCUGUGGAUCAGUUCAUGUUAUUAACUCUGUGUUCUUCAUUGAUGCAUUUACAAAAAGAGUGAAACAGGAAGAAGUCUUUGUAUCAUACCAACGUGCAUUUUGUACACUUUGUAAAACGGAUUUAAAAGACAAAAAGAUGCUGUUGGACAGACUUCUCUGAUCUGCUCUUUAAUUGGGAAGUAUUUUAACUUGAAUGUCCACCGUAUAAAUAUAUAUAUAUAUGACUCCUAUAUAUAUAUAUAUAUAUAUAUAUAUAUAUAUAUCCAACAACUCCUGUUUUUAUUUGGUCUUUUUGAGAUGUUAGAAAAAAACGGGCUGCUGAUUCUGUAAUGUUGUUUUUUUGUUUUUUUUGAACGCCGCCCGUCUCUGCAGAACAUCGGCUUUAAAAACACUUGAAGGACUUUGUAUUUUUUUUGUUUCGUUUUCCUCAUUUUCAUCUUUGCACGAGUUGCACUACUGACCGAGUUGUACAAAUAUUCACCUGUACAUGAACGAGUGUGAUGCUCAAUAAAGCUUG